CAAGUUUUCUUUUGAAAAAAGCAACUUCUGGUAAAUCUUACAUGCAACGAUUAGCACCAUAAUUUAAUGGUUGUAUCGUACACAACUAAAACUAUUCCGACACUUUUGAAAUUAAAAACCACCACGAUAACUUGCCCCAUAAGCGUGGAGCUCUUAACGGUCACAUUUCCCCAGACUCGUCCGAAAUGACCGAGUCACCGUCCGAGUCAAUCUCCGACUCACCUUUCAACCACAACCACAAGGGGAACGAUGCAAUCGUGCCAGAAAUCCCAAUCGAGAUUGUGAGCGAGGAAGAGAUGGCUCUACUCGAAGCUGCUAUUGUUUCCGCUCGCGCUUCCUUCUCUGCCAUCCCUGCAAUUCGGUCCUCAACGCUUUCGUUCCACGGCAACGUCAGGUCUAUUCAGUCGAUCACCGCUUUGUCGAAGAGGAGGCUAUCGGGUUGUUCCGAACCCGAUAUUGAGGAUUCGGGUGGGUUGAAGAGUGUCCAGAAGAAGACUCGGGUGGCUGACUCGUUUUUGCACCGGUUUAGGAAGAAGGGGUUGUAUGUCACCGACAUUACUGCCACGGAAUGGUGUGAAAAACAAAUGGAGUUUGUUCUCCUUGUUGGCAAGCGAAAAGAGAGUAAGGCUAUGAAAGCGGGUAUUGCUCGCCAUGCAAAACUCGAAGACGAGGUUGUAAAAAGAGUUAAAGUUCGUGUCACGUCGACUGAAGAUAGAUGGGCUCUGAAGCUUCUGAAUUUUAUAACUGGUGUAAAUCAAUUACUGUUUGAAGGAUUGACACGUGAGCUGCCACUAAUAGGUUUUGCAGAAGGGGUAUGGAUGGUGGGCGUGAUUGAUGAGAUUCGAAUGCCUGUUACAGAAACCAACCGACUCCCAAUAUUAGUUGACACAAAGACUCGUGUGAAAGAUACACUUCCUGCUGAACCACAACGAAGAAAUGGAAGGCUUCAAUUAAUGUGCUACAAGUACAUUUGGGAUGAUUUAGUUGCUGAUAAAUUCCCAUCAGAGAAAUUUUUCACUUCUUUUUCCUUAAAUCCUCGUGGCAUCUUAUCUGAAGAAAUCAGAGAGAUGACUGCUAACUCAGGCUUUCCAGCAGAGACCCUUGAUGACAUGGUGAGAUACUAUAGAAACACAUGUAGCAUGCUGCCCUCUGCACAUGACCAACUGCUAUUGAGAUAUGAGUUACAGAAAGAUCAUUCGUUACUUGGUGAAGAUGAGUUUGCAUACGACUCUGAUUGGGUCAAGAAUAAAAUACAGGGUUGUCUUGAGUUCUGGUUAGGAGAGCGAGAAGCCAGUUACACUCCUGAGGAUGAGCGAUGGAAAUGCAGGUUCUGUCAAUUUUCUUCUGUCUGCUCCGCAAAAAGUCCGGAGUCUGCGGACUAUAAUAAUACACCAAGUUAGAGAAAAGCAGUAGCAUUGGUGAUGUUUCAAUCAGCAUCAUCAAUAAGUGUACAAAGAAGCACAAUUCUUGGAGUUGCUUCUUUGGGGUAAUUGCUCUGUUGGUUGUGCCAUGAAUGUAUCGUUCAUGUUGUAUCGUAGCCGUUGUUUGAUUCAAUUGUUGUAACUUAUUCUUUGGACGAAAUCGUUAAACAGGAGUUGUAAAAUUCAAUUGUUUUGUUCUGAAAGCUACGCUCAAAGUGCAAA